AUGUAUAGCAAUUUCAAAGAGCAAGCAAUCGAGUACGUGCGGCAGGCGGUGUCGGAGGACAAUGCCGGCAACUAUGCCAGGGCCUUUCCUCUGUAUAUGAACGCAUUGGAGUACUUCAGGACCCAUCUCAAGUACGAGAAGAACCCUAAGAUCAAGGAGGCCAUUACCCAGAAGUUCCAGGAGUACCUGCGCCGGGCCGAGGAGAUCCGUGCUGUGCUCGACGACGGCGGCUCGGGGCCCGCGCCCAACGGCGACGCAGCCGUUGCCGCCCGUCCCAAGACCAAGCCCAAGGACGGCAACGACGGGGAGGACGGAGACAAGGAGAAGCUUCGGGCCGGGCUGAACUCGGCUAUCAUCAGGGAGAAGCCCAAUAUCAAGUGGAAUGACGUGGCGGGACUCGAGAGCGCUAAGCAGGCGCUGCAGGAGGCUGUCAUACUUCCGGUGAAGUUCCCUCAAUUCUUCACUGGCAAGAGGCGACCUUGGAGGGCUUUUCUUUUGUAUGGACCACCUGGGACUGGGAAAUCUUACUUAGCUAAGGCCGUGGCAACCGAAGCUGACUCAACAUUUUUCAGUAUAUCUUCGUCGGACCUGGUAUCGAAAUGGAUGGGUGAAAGUGAAAAGCUAGUGUCGAACCUCUUCCAAAUGGCACGUGAAAGCUCUCCUUCCAUCAUAUUUGUUGAUGAAAUAGAUUCUCUAGUUGGACAGCGUGGAGAAGGAAACGAGAGUGAGGCUUCUAGACGAAUUAAAACAGAAUUGCUGGUGCAGAUGCAGGGUGUGGGCCACAAUGACGAUAAAGUCCUUGUUCUUGCUGCUACAAACACUCCUUACGCUUUGGACCAGGCUAUUAGACGGCGUUUUGACAAGCGCAUAUACAUCCCUCUACCUGAUGCAAAAGCACGUCAGCACAUGUUCAAAGUGCAUUUAGGGGAUACUCCCCAUAACUUGACAGAAAGCGACUUUGAAGUCCUUGCUCAAAAAACUGAUGGCUUUUCUGGUUCUGAUGUUUCUGUUUGCGUAAAAGAUGUCUUAUUCGAGCCCGUGCGCAAAACACAAGACGCCAUGUUCUUUGUGAAGACUUCUAAUGGCAUGUGGAUGCCAUGUGGGCCCAAGCAGCCGGGUGCUGUCCAGAUAACCAUGCAGGAGCUAGCUGCACAAGGACUGGCUGCAGAGAUUAUUCCACCUCCCAUAUCAAAAACGGACUUCGACAAGGUGCUCGCCAGACAAAGGCCAACAGUGAGCAAAUCGGAUCUCGAUGUGCAUGAGAGGUUCACAAAGGAGUUUGGUGAGGAAGGUUGA